UAUAGAGCAGCCAGAGUCGGGACAUGCUGCAGAAAAACGUUGCAGAAUUGAGCAUUUUGAUUCCCGCAGCGGAGAUGAGCGGCAGCAGCCUCCUGGCUCCACGGGUUCUGUUGUUCUGUCUGUGCUGAUCUGUCUCCUCCAUGUUCCAGGAUUUGUCAGACCAGAGAGACAUGGCCAAACAACCGGCCAGCGGCUACAUCCCGGCGCAGCAGCCCGACGGAGCUGCGGGACUUACAACAAACAAACCGGACAACACUGCUGCGUGCGCGCCGCCGACCCCGCACCACCACCCGGCGCCUCAGCCUCCGAACAACGAGAGCAAAACUUUUUGUCCCACGGAAAAUAAACCGGGAGACGCGGACAGCAAUAAAGCGUAUGGGACGUUUAAAAACACCCCGCCGGCCGUGCCCGGACCCGACAACUCGGCCUUCAGGGAGGAUUCCGCCGGUUCGGCCCGCGGGGGGUCCGCCCAGUGCGGCGACCCGCUGCGGGCCACCGCGGAGCAGAACAACACCGCGGGCACCUGGACGGCCAUGAGCCAGACCACCAUCAUCCUGGGGACAGAUGGGAACACGUCUGUUCAGCCCGGCGCCGUGGCGGGGGCUGUCGAUGGCGACGAGGAUGACGAUGAUGGUGGAGAUGAGAAUAAGGCCAGAGGAAACUGGACCAAUAAAAUGGAUUUUAUUCUGUCCAUGGUUGGGUAUGCGGUGGGACUGGGGAACGUGUGGAGGUUCCCUUACCUCGCCUUUCAAAACGGUGGAGGAGCUUUCCUCAUCCCCUACCUGACCAUGUUGCUCAUCGCCGGGAUCCCAAUCUUUUUACUGGAGGUGUCCCUGGGCCAGUUUGCCAGCCAGGGCCCCGUGUCCGUGUGGAAGUGCGUUCCGGCCCUACAAGGUUGCGGGAUUGCCAUGUUGAUAAUAUCUGUCUUGAUAGCCAUAUACUAUAAUAUUAUAAUGUGCUGGACACUGUACUACCUGUUCGCUUCGUUGAAGGGCUCACUGCCAUGGGCUCACUGUAGGAAUGAGUGGAACACGGUGGAUUGUAAGGACAAAGACAUGCUGCUGUUAGACUCGUGCAUCCUGCGGGACAGAAACAUGUCGUCCAUCAGGAACUCCUCCUUCUGUCUGUCCGCUAACACUGUGGGAAACCUGACCAAGCUGUUGAACAUGACAGUGGACGCUAACAAGACCGACGUCAGCCCCAGUGAGGAGUACUUCAAGUACAAUGUGUUGCACAUCUCUAAAGGGAUUGAAUUCCCAGGAGACAUCCGCUGGCCUCUGGCAGGAUGUCUCUGCCUGGCCUGGCUCAUCGUCUACGCCUCUUUAGCCAAAGGAAUCAAGUCAUCAGGGAAGGUGGUUUAUUUCACCGCCACGUUUCCCUAUGUGGUUCUGGUCAUCCUGCUCAUCAGAGGAGUGACUCUCCCCGGAGCAGGGGACGGUAUCCUCUACUUCAUCACCCCCAAGUGGGAGAAGCUGAUGGACGCCAAGGUGUGGAAAGACGCUGCCACUCAGAUCUUCUUCUCCCUGUCGGCCGCCUGGGGAGGCCUCAUCACUCUCUCCUCCUACAACAAGUUCCACAACAACUGCUACAGGGACACCAUCAUUGUGACGUGCACGAACAGUGCCACCAGUAUAUUUGCCGGGUUUGUCAUCUUCUCAGUCAUUGGUUUCAUGGCUCACGAGUUGAAGGUGCCGAUAGAGAAGGUGGCGGACGAAGGUCCAGGCAUAGCCUUCGUGGUGUAUCCAGAGGCUCUGACCCGACUUCCCCUGUCUCCGUUUUGGGCGAUCAUCUUCUUCCUCAUGCUGCUGACUCUUGGCCUGGAUACAAUG